GUCCUCAAUGCUUUCCAAACAUUAAACACGCAAAACGACCUAGUCUUUGGUGAAAGAAUAACUAACCCUAACCAUAGCCAUUUUUCUUCUUCGACUCUAUCUAUUUCUGUGCCGUUCAAGCGUAGUGGUGAAUCAAACUCAGUUACUCAGACUUCAAUCAGGGUUUUGAAAUGGCAUCGAAUGCAGCAGUGCCCUUUUGGAGAGCAGCGGGAAUGACGUACAUUACAUACUCUAACAUCUGCGCGAAUCUUGUCCGGAACUGCCUCAAGGAGCCCUACAAGAGCGAAGUUUUAGCUCGCGAGAAGGUCCAUUUCUCCAUCUCCAAGUGGACUGAUGGAAAGCCCCAAAAACCCACUAUUCGUUCCGAUACGCCUGAAGCUUGAGUCUGAUGCUUGGUCUUUUGAAUAUCUAAAUGAAGGGAUGGCCUUUCACAAUGGUUUUUUCUUCUGUUUUCUGUUUGGUUGACUGGAAUUUGUUGGGUAUGUAAUUUCCUGAUUAAAACAAUGAUCAAAUUUCAGGCAUUCAUAAUAAUGUAACUGCUAUUAGCAGACUCCUGGUCUUGGAGCCUAAUGAGAAAUUGUGCUUAGAAAAUUAGAGCAGCUCGUGCUUUUUUCUUUCA